AUGUCGACAACAGCAGGUGCCUUCAUUGCAGGCGGCAUCGCCGCCUGCGGCGCCGUUACAAUGACUCACCCCUUCGAAACUGUCAAGAUCCGCAUGCAACUGCAAGGAGAGCUUCAGGACAAGGGACACCAGCCACACCACUACCGAGGCCCUUUCCACGGCGUUUCGGUCAUCGUACGAAACGAGGGUGUGCGAGGCAUCUACCGAGGUUUGGGGACGGCGUACACAUACCAGAUCCUGCUCAAUGGCUGCCGACUGGGCUUUUACGAGCCCAUGCGUAAGACGAUUACGUCGGUACUCUUCAAGGAUGCCAAUGUCCAGUCAUUGGGUGUCAACAUGUUUUGCGGAGCCGGGUCUGGUAUCAUAGGCGCCAUGGCCGGAAGCCCUUUCUUCCUCGUCAAGACGAGAUUACAGAGCUAUUCGCCGUUCCUGCCAGUCGGCACUCAACACACGUAUCGUAACGCAUUUGAUGGACUGCGGCAGAUCUAUUCGGCUGAGGGUGUCCGAGGACUUUAUCGCGGCGUUGGCGCGGCAAUGAUCAGGACCGGCGCCGGGAGCUCGGUGCAACUUCCGACUUAUUUCUUUGCGAAGAGGAGGCUGAUGAAGCAUGCGGGCAUGGAAGAGGGUCCUGCGCUGCAUUUGACCAGCAGCGCCGUCAGUGGCUUCGUCGUUUGCUGUUUCAUGCAUCCCCCAGAUACCGUCAUGUCACGCCUCUACAACCAGCACGGAAAUCUGUACAACGGCGUCUUGGACUGUUUAGCAAAGACUGUGAGGACGGAGGGCUUCUUUGCGAUCUACAAAGGCUUUCUGCCUCAUCUGGCCAGAAUAUUACCACACACCAUCUUGACCUUGAGCUUAGCAGAGCAGACGAAUAAGCUGGUCCGCAAGGUCGAGGGUCUGAUAUUACCAAUCGCGGAGACGAAGCUAUAG